AUGCGUCAGGUCCACAAGGACACGACGACGCGCGUCACGGAAAAUUCAGCCGUCUCAGAGGCAACCGCAGUGACUAACAGAGUGAAGCAGAGCGGCGUCCUUGCUCCUAGCUACUUCAGUCUCAUUUUCUCUGCCAUGAUAAUGGAUGCCCACCGUGACGAACGUCUCGGGAUCCGCGCCGACUACAGGACGGACGGCCAAGUUCUCAACUGUCAGCAGAUGCACUUCCACUCGCGUGUAUCUGCAACUUCCGCCCGUGAACUUCUCUUCGCCGACGACUUCACUCUCUAUGCAACUAUAGAAGGGGGCAUGCAAAGGAGCAUGGACCUCACCGUCGCCGCCUGCGACAACUUUGGCCCGAUCAUCAACACGGAGAAAACGGUGGUUAUGAACCAGCCGUCACCCGGCGCUGCCUAA